AUGGCGCAGGCCGGAAAGAACAAAGCCCCUGCCGCCAAGAAAUCGCGCCUAGAGCCCUCCCGGGCUAUGCCAAGGCGCAGGAGCACCAGCGUCCCAGUCCGGGCCGCGGAAGGUGUAGCUCCGCACUCCCCCCCACGCUCCCAAUUUUUAAGUGUUAGCCACGCCAGCGGCGGUGGCGCGGGGGAGCGUCGCGGGACCCAGGAGCGAGCGGAUGAUCAAACGGCCUCCCGGCAGUCUCCUCAUAGAUCUUCGCGACUCAGAAAGACUCUGGCGUCCAUUUCCAGUCAAGGCAGCUGCGGGGAGGAGGCUUUGGAGCUAGUUGACGUCGAGGACGAAGUACCUGCUGUGGAGGUUUCCAAGAUCUCUGAUCCAUCCGCGAUGGUUGUGCUCCAACUGAAGUCAAAACCUAUUGACUUUUGUCUAGCCAGAGACCUGAAAAUCUUAUUGUUCGGCUCCAGCCUCGGCUGCUUCAGCGAGGAGUGGAAAAUUCAGAGCUUCGUUUUCAGCGAUGUGCCGGAGCUCAAGUAUGGCAUCGUGCAAAGAAAGGGGGGACCGUGCGGGGUCCUGGCCGCCGUCCAAGGCUGUGUCCUGCGACAUCUUAUCUUCGGAGACAGCGGCGGGAACAGCGGCGACGCUUG